AUGUCUCGACCAGAACACACAGCACCUCCUGAAUUGUAUUACAAUGAAAGAGAAGCUUCUAAGUAUCAGCAGAACUCUAGAAUGAGAGAAAUACAAACCGUUUUAACAAGAAGAGCUUUAGAAUUAUUAUGUCUACCAGAUCGUAAGUCAUGCUUUUUAUUGGAUAUUGGUUGCGGCACUGGAAUUAGUGGAGAAGAAAUUUCAGCGCAAGGCCACUAUUGGACCGGCAUCGAUAUCAGUCCUCACAUGUUGAACGUUGCGCUUGAGCAAGGAGUUGAGGGUGAUCUUUUUUGGCGGGAUAUGGGCCAAGGCCUUAAUUUUCGUGCCGGAACUUUUGACGGCGCGUUGAGUAUUUCGGCUCUUCAGUGGCUUUGUAACGCCGAUAGAAAGUCUCAUAAUCCAAUCAAACGAUUAAAUUGUUUUUUUCAAAGUCUAUAUAAAGUAUUAUCAAGAGGCUCAAGAGCUGUACUACAGUUUUAUCCUGAAACGGCUGAACAAAUGAAUUUAAUAAUUCAAAGUGCGCUUCGCGCUGGCUUUGGCGGAGGAACGGUUGUAGAUUACCCCAACAGCUCUAAGGCAAAAAAAAUAUAUCUUGUCCUUAUUUGCGGUCCUGAAACUGUAUUGCUGCCGCAUGUGGAAGGCCUCAUGGAUUCAAGCGUUUCUUAUUUGGCGAGUAAAAAAGCGAAGCGAACAGCUAAAGGGCAGCGCAUCACGUUAAAAGAAUUCAUUCGUCGCAAAAAGGAGCGCCAAAGAAAACAAGGCCGGAUUGCUGUCCGCCCUGAUUCCAAAUAUUCCGGCAGGAAACGACGCGUAAAGUGGUAGCAUGGAAAAACAAAUCCCUUUUAUUG